GAGGUGAAAAGUUCAUUUCAAUCAAGCAUGUGUAUUACGUCUACCUGCAACUUCAACUUCUUGAAUUAGGCGCAUGGAGUGCUUUGCAAGAAGAAUGAAGAAAUUAUGAUCUCACCACCAAAUGUGUGAAAAUAGAUCAUUUGGUACAGCCCAGGUGGACUUGUCUCAUGAGACAGCGUUAUGCAGCCGCAGUGGAACCAUUCCAGAACACAACCCCUCAUCAACACCACUAACAUCAAUUGAAGACAAAGACCACCACUCCUCAUCAACACCCCUAACAUCAAUUGAAGACAAAGACCACCACUCCUCAUCAACACCCCUAACAUCAAUUGAAGACAAAGACUACCACUCCUCAUCAACACCACUAACAUCAAUUGAAGACAAAGACUACCACUCCUCAUCAACACCACUAACAUCAAUUGAAGACAAAGACCACCACUCCUCAUCAACACCCCUAACAUCAAUUGAAGACAAAGACUACCACUCCUCAUCAACACCACUAACAUCAAUUGAAGACAAAGACCACCACUCCUCAUCAACACCCCUAACAUCAAUUGAAGACAAAGACUACCACUCCUCAUCAACACCACUAACAUCAAUUGAAGACAAAGACUACCACUCCUCAUCAACAUCACCAACAUCAAGUGAAGACCAAGACUACCACCCCUCAUCAACGCCACCAACAUCAAGUGAAGAUGAAGACUACCAACCCUCAAUACCAUCGUCCACUGAAAGAGAGAGUGUCUCAGAGAAAGACCAUAUUCACUCUUCAUUGAGGGAACAUGAGAUCCUGGAAGCUGAGACAAUAGCAAAUUCAGAAUUAAAAGGAAAAAGGAAGCUGCAAGGUGAUAAAAAGAGGCCACAAGUUACUAUUCAAACAAGCCAAAAGAAAACUGAUGGUAAAAGGGCCUGGGAUAAAGCCCAUUGCUGUUUGUAUUGUACAAAGUCCAAUUUGAAGAUGGCCAGACAUUUACAAAGAAAACACAGUAAUGAAACUGAUGUUGCCCGUUCCUUUAGCUUCCCACCUGGCUCCAAACAAAGGAAGACACUCUUGGAAUCCCUUCGCAAUAAGGGAGACUGGCAACAUAAUAGUAAGGUCUUAGAAGAAAGAAAUGGGGAGAUAGUAACAUGGAGACAGCCCACUGAGAAGGCUUCUGUACAGGACUACCUACCAUGCGAACACUGUUAUGCAAUGUUCAAGAGGACUGAACUCUGGAGACAUGGGAGGUCAUGUGGAGAAAGGAAUCGGGAAACGGAGAAAGGCAAAAGAAGAAGAGUACAAAAAGCUUCCUCACAACUUCUUCCAAUCAUGGAAUCAGCAGGUGGAGUUCAAAAGGUUAUUCACACUAUGUUGCAAGAUAAUGUAACCUCUCACAUCAGAAGUGAUGAGAUGAUAUGCAAGUAUGGAGAUGCAUUAUUUGCAAGAAAGGGCCGUGAACAAUCUCAACAUAGAUACAUCGCACAAAAGAUGAGAGAACUGGGAUGGUUUGUGUUGGCUGCAAAGAAGAUUGACAAGAGUGUGAAAAGUCUUAAAGAUAUAUGUGAUCCAACAAAGUUUGACCUGGCAGUAAAAGCAGCCAGGAGGGUGUCAAACUACAACGCAGAAACCAACGAAUAUGGAAAGCCAUCUACUGCUGUCAAAAUUGGAUUUUCUCUCAAAGGGGCAACAGACACCUGGAUUGGACAUUGUUUGACGACGUCGGAUGUUUUUACUGAGAAGAGGGCCAAGAAGUUUAAGCAGCUGCUAGAUAGCUCUUGGUCCACUUUCGUGUCAACCAAUGCUCACAGCACAAUGGAACAACGGAGGUGGAACAAAGAAGACAGUGUACCUUUGACAAAGGACAUUGUUACUCUGCAGAACUACCAGAGGAAAAUUGAGGAUGAGGCAAAGGUGGAGUUGAAAGAGUGCAAGAAAGGGUAG